CUUGGUUAUGAUGAUGCUACUUGGGAGUUGGAGAAUGAACCAUUUUUGAGGUCACCCGAAGCUUUGAAGCUUAUAAAGGAUUAUGAAUGUCGUCUUGAGAAGGCAAAAAUGGCAUCUGACCCUACUAAGGCAGAAAAGGAAGGAGAGGUUCCUUCUUUAAAUUGUCGGAGUUGCCAGGGGAAUGUGAACUUGGACUUGAUAAUGAUCAUCUAUGUUCCGUGAACAAGCUUCGUGAGUAUUGGCACAAGGGACAAAAUGCUGUUUUCAUGGAGGAUCAGGAGCGAGUUAUUAGGGUGAUCUUAUUCAUCCUAUCCCUGCAGCCCGUUGUAUGCCGGCCAUUUCUUAUUGUGUCCACUACCUCUGCUCUUUCUGCAUGGGAAGCUGGAUUCCUGCGCUUGGCACCAUCUCUUGAUGUCAUUGUUUACAGUGGAAACAGAGAUGCUCGGAAGAGCAUACAAAUGCUGGAGUUUUAUGAGGAGGAUCGUUCUGUAAUGUUUCAAGUACUUCUGUCAUCUCUAGAUACCAUUGUUGAGGAUAUAGAAUCACUAAAUUGUGUCAGUUGGGAAGCAGUCAUAGUUGAUGAGUGUCAACUUUCCAAAGUGUCAAAAUCUUUAGAGAAUAUUAAGUUGCUAACCACUUACUUUAAGCUUCUUCUUGUCAAUGCCCCAAUGAAGGAUAGCUUGGUUGAUUACCGCCAUUUGCUGUCUUUCCUUGGUUAUGGAGAUGACGAGGAAGGUACUAGUUAUUGUAAGAAUGAUUCUAUCGAUAGUGUUGAGAAACUGAAGGAGAGGCUUGCAUGGUUCAUUGCAUCUGAACGUAAAUCAGACUCAUCCAAGUUUGUCGAAUACUGGGUUCCUGUCAAGCUUUCCAGUGUGCAGCUUGAGCAGUAUUGUUAUACGCUACUCUCUAAUUCAGCAUUCCUUCGUUCAUGUUUAAAAAGCUUUGACACUGUUGAGCUCCACCGUAAUGUUCUUAUUUCUACCAGGAAGAAAAUGCUUACAAAUGGUCCACCAGUGACCGAGUAUUUGAAUGUUGGUGUAAAAGCAAGUGGCAAGCUACAAGUACUUGAUAAAAUUCUUUCGGAGAUCAAAAAGCAAGGCUUAAGAGUACUAAUCCUUUUUCAGAAGACCUGUGCUAUAUGUCUGGCCACCAUGAAGCCUGGCCAUGGUCAUGCUCUUUUCACCGCAGAAUGUUCACAUACAUUUCAUUUUCAUUGCAUUGCAUCAAACGUGAAGCAUGGGAACCAAGUUUGCCCUGUUUGCAGAGCAAAAUGGAAGGAAGUACCAUUCCAAGGGCCCACAGAAGAUCUCCCCAGCGGAAGUGGCAGAAUUAACCCAGGAGACUGGCCCGCAGAUGAUGCUUGGAUGACAGUAUUACGGCGGCUCCCUCCUCGUCGUGCAAAUUCCAAUCGGCGAAUGGCUGCUGCUUUACAGGCACCAGAGCCGACUACCUUUAAUAACGAUGAAGCUUUAGACAACCAACAUCAAUUGCAAGAUAAACAUUUCCCUAUAAGAGAAGUUGGAGAUCAAUAUUCCGUUAGACCUCUAGAGAUCAAAAUGUACCCUGAGGUCUCAGCUGUUCAGCAGUCAACCACCCUACAGAAUUUCACUGUAUUAAUCAAUCUUAAAGCUCCUAUCACAAGUUCAAGAAAUAAUUCGAGCAGAAACCAGGCCAACUUUCCACCAGUCUCUCAAGCUUCUCGUGCUCCAGUUGAUCUCGUAACUGUGCUCGAUGUUAGUGGAAGCAUGGCAGGCACCAAGAUUGCAUUACUAAAACGUGCGAUGGGUUUUGUGAUACAGAAUCUUGGUCCGUCAGAUAGGUUGUCAGUUAUCGCCUUCUCAUCUGCGGCACGUCGAAUAUUCCCUCUCCGUCGAAUGACUGAUUCUGGUAGGCAACAGGCACUUCAAGCUGUUAACGCUCUAAUAUCAAAUGGUGGAACUAACAUUGCUGAAGCACUGAAGAAGGCUGCCAAAGUGAUGGAAGAGCGCAGGGAAAAGAACCCCGCUGGCAGCAUCAUAUUGUUAUCAGAUGGGCAGGAUACAUAUAGUGCCAGCGGUUCUGAUAGGGGACACUCUCGGCCCAACCACCAGUCUCGUCUCUCAUUUUCUGCGCAGAACACUGGCAGCUCAGGGUUUCAGAUUCCAGUGCACGCAUUUGGUUUUGGUGCAGACCACGACGCAGCCUCAAUGCACUCAAUUUCAGAAAAUUCUGGUGGUACCUUUUCUUUUAUAGAGGCUGAGGGUGUGAUCCAGGAUGCUUUCGCUCAGUGUAUAGGUGGGCUCCUUAGUGUAGUUGUGCAGGAUCUAAGAGUGAGUAUUGAGUGUGCAUACCCUGGUAUACAUCUCAACCCGUUGAAAGCAGGAAGUUAUGGAACCUGCCUGCUCAAUCAUGAGCGAACAGGUAUUAUAGACGUUGGGGAUCUGUAUGCAGAUGAAGAGAGAGAUUUCCUGGUAUCAGUCAAUCUCCCCGCAGGUGAUUGGAGCAGUGAGAUGACAUUGUUGAAAGUGCAGUGUGCCUAUACGGAUCCGGUUAUUAAAGAAACCUUAAAUUCCCAACCCAAAGAAGUAAGAAUACAGAGACCUCAAACUGUGAAGGAGAGAGUGGUUUCAGUUGAAGUUGACAGACAGCAAAACCGUGUUCAAGCAGCAGAGGCUAUGGCCAGUGCGAGCGCUGCAGCUGAAAAAGGUGAUUUAACUAAUGCAGUUUCUAUUCUUGAGAACUGUCGGAGGGCUUUAUCAGAGAGUAUAUCUGCAAGAGUUGGCGAUCGACUCUGUGUUGCGUUAGAUGCAGAGCUCAAAGAGAUGCAGGAAAGAAUGGCAACCAGGAGAAUGUAUGAAGUAUCUGGCAGAGCAUAUGUUCUCUCAGGACUAAGUUCACAUUCAUGGCAAAGAGCAACAGCACGCGGUGACUCAACAGAUAACGCAAGCUUAGUACAUGCUUACCAGACACCGUCCAUGGUUGACAUGCUCACACGAUCUCAAACUAUGUUACUAGGUGGUUCAUUACCUCAACCAUCUAUCCGGCCUGCGAAAUCAUUCCCCUCCAACCUCAACCAAGGUAACCAAGUAGUUUCGUUCUGAAACGAUACAGAUAUU